UCUAAAAGAAACCAACUACCGCCAACAUGAAAAGUAUUACAAUUUUGAUUGCGUUCCUGGCUUUUGCGAAUGCUGCCCGACAACCUGCUAAAGAUGUCAUAGCAAAAUUUCGUGAGGUAGCCCCUAAAUAUUUGGACCUUAUGGUGAACGGUGAAAACGAGUUGGCCAAGAUUCGUCAGGAAGCCUCAGAGAACGUAGCCCAAUUCCACAAAACUAUUAUCGAGAUGAAAGAAUAUUACAUCAUCAACGCCGAAGCCAAAGAGGAAGGAAUCCAUAAUCAAAUUUUCAAUCAAGAUCCAUCGGUCGACAGAACGUGUCUGGGAUUCUUGAACACCAGUCUCGAUAUGAACAUGAACCUUGCUGGUGUCGGAUUCACCAAUUGCAUCAAUACCGUCGACGAGCAGUUCAACGCCUUAAUUACCAAAUACUACAAAACUCUGGGAGUCGAGGAAUCUCUCAUCGCCGAGCUUCGUCUGCUGGAUGUGUUCCGAGGAGAUAACGUGUUCUACACUCCGGAAAAUAUCAUCGCAAAACUAAACAAGAAGCUAGAGGAUCUUCAAAUCAAUCCGGAAAGCGUUGGUGCCGAUAUGGAGAAGGCAAAGGAAACUUUCCAGCAGGAUUUGGAUGCCAUUCGAUCAAACUACAAGCUGUGCAUGACCCAAACCGAGCAAAUGCUGAAAAAUUCCGCAGAUAUCCUGAUGAUGCAGCUUACCUUCAACUGUCAGGGACAGAUAGUAGAAGUGUAAAUAAUUGUUUGGUAUGCUAUCGAAUUAUCAAGUUGCAGAUUUGUAUAUUUUAUGACUCAACUAGUUCAAACGAUUCGUUUUCAACACAUAUUCAAAAUUAGAGAUUUGUAUGAAUAAACCCCAAUUUUUAUAUUCGAAUACAUUGUUGAUUCUGUAUGA